AUGUUCCUAUGGUUUCCCUGGCUUUUCUUCAUUUUCUUUCUCUUUACAUGUACAAGGUCUGGAAGCCUGUGUUGUUCGCUUGUACUCUGUUAG